AUGGCCACAAGAUUGGUGGUGGCAAGCGACGAAGAUGUAAAAGCAUUUUCUGAACAACCAGAGAAUGAGAACACCAAAAAAAAAACGUGGUAUAAUCUACAGGUUUCCAAGGAAUUCUCGAAAAUUGCGACGAAACGAAGGCAAAUGUUUUAUUUGUCAGUGCUGAACAGAUUUCAAAGCUCACAGAUGUGGUGCCUUGGCCGUUUCCUUCCAUUGAUGAUGGGCAGCCAUAUCCCUCGUGAUGAUGAGAAGUGGGGUCUCUUCUUAAAUCUUUUGGAAAUAGUGGACAUUGUUUUUGCUGAUGCAGUCACACUUGAUAAAGCAGCUUACUUAAGGGAUUUAAUCACAGAUCACCAUACUAGCUUUACCCAGUUGUACCCAAAUUCCUCUGUGAUUCCAAAGAUGCACUAUAUUCUUCAUUACCCCAGGACAAUGGUAAGGCUUGGUCCAAUGGUACGGUCCUGGACAAUGAGAUUUGAGGCAAAGCAUGAAAGACUCAAACGGCUGGCCACAUCCCUUGGCAAUUUCACCAAUAUUCCUUGGACGCUGGCUCUUCGUCAUCAGUUGAGGCAGUGCUAUGAAAUAUCAGGCACUAAGCAUGGUCAUCCAUCAAUUGAAAAGUCUUUGGAAGUAGGCCCAGGAAACAAUUAUAUUAUUUUAACGAAAACUGAGAAUUAUCUUAGCGCCGAAUGUUUGAACGUUCAUGACGGGAUAACUUUAAACAGAACCAAAAUGAUCUUUACAACGAGAGGUAAAGGUAGAAUUGUUUCGAUUUUUAUCCUUGGUUUGACCACGUUUCUCUUGUACGCCUCAUACCAAGCAAAGUUCGGACAAGAAAUUAGCCAGGCCACUCACAGCAACAGCAUAGUGG